AGGAAAUAGAACAUUGUUUAUGAAGAAAUUGUGCAAGAACUGCUGGACUAAAUUGUUAAAAUGAAAGUUUUGAUCAUAAUAGUAUCUCUUGUUCUUGUUUGCAAUGGAUUACACACCUACAAAGACGGAGAUAAAGUGGAUAUAUUCGUAAACAAAGUCGGCCCAUACUUCAACCCUCAUGAAACAUAUCAUUAUUACUCCCUACCCGUAUGCCGGCCAGACCCCAUACAACAUAAAUCUCUCACCCUUGGCGAGGUGCUGGAUGGUGACAGAAUGGCUUAUUCCAUGUAUGAAGUGCAGUUUAAAAAAUCGGAAAAAAAUAAACACCUUUGUGAUGUCACUUACGAAGAAAAAGAGCUGACAUCGAUGAAAGAAGCGGUGGAAGAGCUGUAUUACUUCGAGAUGGUGGCGGAUGAGCUGCCAAUGAGGAGUUUUGUUGGUCGGUUUGAAGAGAGUAGCUUCCUGGCUGUCCCUCACAUUCAUAAGCUGUAUUUGUACAACCAUAUCAAGUUUAUAUUCACCUACAAUGGGGAUAAGAUAAUCAGUGCCAAUGUCACCACUGCUGAAUACGAACCAAUGUCGCUUGAGGUGGAUCCCCCACUUAAAAUAGAUUUCCAAUACAGUGUUGAAUGGAAAGAGUCAGCCGUGGACCCAGCAAAACGUAGCACCUUGCUCAAAGAUUACAGCUUCUUCCCACGAACAUUGGAAAUACAUUGGUUGUCCAUCAUAAACUCAGUCAUUCUUGUUUCACUUCUCAUGGCGUUUGUUGUCGUUAUCCUUACAAGAGUUCUCAGGAGUGACUUUUCGAGAUAUAACAAAGUUGAUGAGGAAGAAGACUUUGGAGAUGAUGAUAACGGAUGGAAGAUUAUUCAUGCUGAUGUUUUCAGAUUCCCAAAACUAAAGUCAUUAUUCUGCUCAAUUAUUGGAGUUGGCUCGCAACUGCUAGCGAUUGGGGGAGGAAUAAUCAUCAUGGCUCUGCUUGGGAUGUUUAAAGCUCAUGGCCAUGGCUCUAUAAACACAGCUGCGAUAUUAUUGUAUGCUCUUACUUCCUGUAUUGCUGGUUAUGUGUCCAGUUCUUACUACAGGAAGUUUCAAGGUGGAAAUUGGGUUGCAAAUAUUAUUCUUACAUCGUCACUUUUUACUGCUCCAUGUUUCAUUGUCUGGAGUGUGGUGAACUCAGUCCAUUGGUGGUAUGGCUCUACACAAGCUCUUCCAUUCACUACAGUGCUACUACUUGGUUUUAUAUGGGUGCUGAUUGGUCUCCCACUUACUGUAAUUGGUGGCAUCAUGGGUAAAAACACUUCUGGAGAUUUUGAUGCACCUUGUCGUACGAAAAACAUCGCCAGAGAAAUCCCCCCACAACCAUGGUACAGAAACACACUUUGUCACAUGAUAUUUGGCGGCUUCCUACCUUUCAGUGCAGUGUCAGUGGAGCUAUAUUAUGUGUUUGCGACUGUGUGGGGUCGUGAGGUGUAUACGCUGUAUGGAAUCCUCAUGGUUGUUUUCUUUAUUGAGUUAUCAGUAUCCGCAUGUGUUGCUGUGGCUCUCACAUACUUCCACCUAAGCAGUGAAGAUUACAGAUGGUGGUGGAGAUCCGUAUUCAGUGCUGGAUCCACUGGAAUAUUCGUAUUUUUUUAUGCGAUAUUUUUCUAUGUUCGACGUUCCAAUAUGUCAGGCAUCGUGCAAAGUGUGGAGUUCUUUGGAUACUCUCUCCUAACUUGUUUUGCCUUCUUCCUUUCUUUGGGGACUGUCUCCUUUUUUGCUUCUCUCAAAUUCAUCCGAUACAUAUAUGUAAACCUGAAGAUGGACUAAGGCAGCUAUUUUACAAUGGUGAAUAUUUAGACAGUGCUCCUAUAAAGAGAAGUCACUCGGAUGUCUUCUGUGAAAACUAACAGUCUGACAACACACAAAAGCUGUUGUAAAAUAUACAAUCCACUUGUUUUUGGUUAUAUAUGGCUGGUAAUGACCUGCAAAUAUGAAAAUUUUUACCUCUGAUUUUCAUACACUUAACAUUAUUUUCAAUCCUCGUCAUACAUUACAAACAAAACGGUAAAAAUUUUUAUUUCUCUAAUAUUAAUACCAUUUUAAAAUUUGCGCUUUUUUUGUAAUGCAGCCAUGGAAUUGUACAAUAACCUGUUACCAAGACUUUUGCAUUUUCUUUCUUGCUUCCUAUACCAUUUUCUGCUUUUAGAUAAUUAUAUAUUGAAAGAAAAAUACUUUUUUCAUAUUCUGUGAGCAUUUCAGAGGCAUUGAAAUUUGAAUUUACUUAAUAAAAAAUAACAAUAUUUAACAUAUUGGUGUCUGAUAUAUGCCUCUGGAAACUUACAGUCUUACACAUUAUUUUUUGAUUUUGUAUUGCAAUUCGUAACUUAAUCUGUGUAUAUGUACCAGUUUAAAUUAUAGUUGUAAAAAGGUUUGAUUUAUCCUUUGCCAAGUUAAAAAACACAUGAUCUGAUUUAACCAAUUUUAAUAAUUUUCUGAAAUGACCAAAUUAUUGAAUCUUGAAUAUUUAAAUAUUUGCCCAAAUGUCAUACUAACUUACAGACCUGUGAAAGUAUUAAGCACUUGCUUCUGUCUGCUUUGACAACUAGCACAUUUUGACAACUCUAUUUGUAUUAGCAGACAUAGCAUAUUUUUUGUGCUUUAAGUUUGCCAUAUUGUCAGAAAUUGCAGCUUCUGGCAUAUUCAGUAAUGUUGGAUAAUAUGUUUAUUACAACUGCAUUGCUUUACACAAUUAGCACAACAAAUAUCAAGCAUAAGUGAUAUAUAUAUAUAUUUCUAAAUGUACUUAUAUAACUCUAUUUGCUUUGUAAAAGGUUUUUUUCGUAUCGUGGUGUACUGUGUAUGGAUUUUAUUUACAUGGCACAAAAUUGGUGACUGCAUCGCUUACUAAACAAAAUAUCCAGCACAU